UAUUACCUUCGUGAUAAAUUUAGCUAGUAAUCAUUCUAAAAUUAAUCAAACGAGUAUUAAACCAUCGCCGGUCACAGAAAAAUCAUUUUAAACAUAACAAGUACUCUAAUGUCUGAUUCAGUGAGUGGUAUAUUUCAACUGCCUUCUUGCGUUUUAACGUUUCCUGAAGAAGUUGAUUAUCUUACUGACUCCCUAAUAAAAAUUCACGCAGCCUUGCAUAACUACCCAGUGAAAAUUGUCAAGCCAAUCCGUAAAUCUAUUCACUAUGGCGUUUAUUUAACAAUAUCUUAUGCAUCAUAUGACAAAUUGCCGAACAAUGAGGUGUCAAAUAUCGACAAUCAGGAAAUGCCUUUGCUGCUUUUGCCUGAUAUCGUCUAUACGCGUAAUGUCGAAAUAGAUGACUCAAUAAACACAAUGUGCGGUGUAUAUAAAGCUGACAAAAAUACGCCAUUAUUCACUAUCAAUGCGUCUGGGUUAAGUAGUAAAUUAAACGAUACUGGUCUUGCGGAAAGUCAGUUAGCAAGAGCAAAUCUUAAGAAAAGUCAAAAACAUGGAAAGCGGAUCAAACCAAAAGAAAGUGAAAAAUCUGACUUAUGAAGAACUGCAUAAACAGAAGCGUGAAUUGACAUCAACUUUAUUGAAAAUUUAUCCGGAUCUCGUGAAUUUUGAACCCGAUAUUCAAUCAAUUGUCGAAACGUUUACGUUGUCGCUCGACAAUCGACUAAAUUUGGAAACUAUAAUUAAAAAAUUGAACGAUCAUUUGUCGAAGUCGACGUUCCCUUCGGACGGGCUGUUAAAAUUUAAGAAGCUCAUUUUUUCGAAAAACAAUUUGAAUAAUUUGGAUGCACUACCCAUUGGAAUCAUACUGUCUAUCGACAUGCACAGUCAUGCUGCCCAAGCGGCAUUGAAUGUUAAGCAUACGAAAAUUUUGUACUCAAGAGAAAAUUCAAAAUCGAGCGAAAAUUCCGAAGUCAUUACAAUCCAAGAACUCAAACAUCCGAUUCUUCCAGAUAUUGAUGUAACUGUACUACAUCAAGGUGUCAAGUACUGUUGGUUUCGUAUAAAACUAUUCAAUCAUGACGAUUUUUCUCAACUGGAAUUACCGUUUACGCCGGUGCAUUAUUACUUUUAUACAAAUCUUAUUGUGGAAAUUUACUACCAUCGAGAAUGUCGUAAUUAUAAAGACAUCUAUUGGCUUACGAUGGAUUAUUUGAAUUCGUCACCGCUAAUUGACAAAAUAUAUUUUUUUUCUGACUGCCGAUUGGUCGAGCGAAUUGACAACAAGGUCAUCCAGUUUUCAAAUACUUUGAAAUUUUUGUAUUGCUACCGCCUAAAUACGGCGAGUUUUUCGGUGACGUCAAUUGACGAUUUGGAAAAUUUGUUUAAACUAUUAAUUCGCACUACUGUGUUUUUGUACCGGCGUAAUUUCAAUAUGGUCAAUGAAGAUUUGGACACACCAUUCACAGCUCUUACGGGAGAACGCGCUCACAUAAAUGUUCGUCGAUUUUUAAGCGAAGAAAAUAUAUAUUCAGUAAACAAUGCACGCGAUGGGUUGAUAUUGGGCACUGGUACUCAAAUCGGAGGGAUCAAUUCACACGAAGUUAUUAUAAAGUGCAGUGAUUUUGUUAAGUAAUCGAUUAACUUGAAUUUUUAUUAUUUUAUUAACAUUAUUAGGGUUCUUAUCCAUUUUUUAUACAAUCCCUGACUAAAAAUAUUUAUUGAAAAGGAUUGAAAAUUAUUUCAAUUUUUUUCAAUCCCACGGAGGAUUUGGAAAAUAUUGAAUGGAAGUGAAAUUUCGAUCAUUUGAACACUUUCUAAUUCUUAAAAUGGAAUUCAAAAGUAUUGAGAAGAAUUCAAUCUUUCAUCAUUUCAAUACCUUCCAAUAUGGAAUUAUUUUGGUAUUGAGGAUUCAGAAAGAUUCAAAAAUUUCAAUUCAUUUGAAUCUUUUCCAAUUCCUCGGAAGUUUAGAAAUUCUUAUAUGAUUUUGGGAUUGAAAAGUAUUAAUUUUAUGUCCAAAUGAAAACCUUGGGGUAUAAAAAGUAUUCAAAAGGAUUCGAUUCUCAUCUUUUUCAAUACUUUUCAAUAAAUAUUUUUAAUCAGGGAUAUGAUUUAUUUCUCCUCUUUAAUAAUAAUAUUGGUUAAUAUUUCCAAGUAUAAUUUUACAAUAUAAUGAGUAAAUUAAAUAUUAUUAGUAACAGUCGUAUUAAUUGCUUGUUUUAUAAUUCAUGGAUUUAACAAUUGGAUGUUUUUAUAAAUGAGGUAAUUAUAGACCACGUGUUUUUGAAUUGUUUGAAUUUAGUCUGACAAUUAAAUUAUUACUGAUUACUGUAUAUUAAUUCUAAUUAAUUUUGUAAUUUAUUUAAUUCGUAAUAAGAAUAAUGAACUGACUGUGUAUGUUUUAAUUGUAGUACCUGAGAAAAUCAGGAAACUAAUAAAACGUUGUGCAAAGUUUUAAUAAACAUCGAAAAAAUUCUAUCCAAUAAAGAGGAGAAUUGAAUCAUAUUAUUUUAUUAGAUUACUGUGUGAUUUUAUAUAGUAAAUAUAAAGAAAUCUAUUGACUUGCGAUUAUGAAUAUUGUAAAUUAUAAUAAAAUAUAAGGGAUUUUAAACAAAGAUAUUCGAAAUUAAAAAU